AUGUCUCAACUUCGAGAAGAAAGGCCAAGUCGCUCACUACCAAAUCCGAUCGCUAGAACAGAGUCUGCUCGUGAAGCUCUUCAGUCAUUUUUUUGUAAACUUUGUGACAAAGGUUAUUCACGGAUUUCUGAGUAUGAAAAUCAUUUAAGCAGCUAUGAACAUAAUCACAGAAAAAGAUUUAGAGAGAUGAAGGAAAUGCAGAGAGUAUCGUCCAACUUUGAGAAACAGCGUAAACAGGGACAAAGAAAGAAAGAUUCAGAAAUAACACCAUUUUUGGACAACCAGUGGCAUAAAAAUUCAGAUAUAAAUAUGAAACCACUUAAAAUUGAUACUAACAAUGAAUCAUUUAUAAGGAAAGUUGGUUUUAAGAAAGUAUUUGGUAAUACGGAUACUGUUUCUACUGAUUCUUUUGAUUUAACUGCCGAAAAUUCAAAAAAAAUAAAUGAAUCAUUCGAUACUCAUCAAUCCAUUGCAAAAAAAGACUUAUCAAUUAACUCUUCAGUUCAUUCUUAUGGAGACUUAGGCGGUCUUUAUGAUCCUCGUGUGUCUACCAGUCCUUAA